AUUAUAAAUUUCAAAUUUAAUCUAAAUCAUUCUUAUGAUUAUAAAUUUAAUUAUUGUGUGCUAAAUUUCGGUAUUUAUGGAGAAAAUAUUAGUUAUACGUUUAGAAAAUAUUAAUGACAGAAUGACAACGGAUGCUGUAUAUAAAUAUAUGAAACUCCAAAAUCGGCCAUACAGUGUCAAUGACGUAGCAGCUGUUUUGGAUAAAGAAAAACAUACUAAAAAUGCAAUUCAGAAAUCAUUAGAUAAAUUAGUUGAUAACGAGAAACUUUUUAUUAAAAUUAAUGCUAAACAAAAAGUUUAUUGUAUAAUUCAAGAACCUAAACAAAAUUUAGACGAAUUAAAAAGAAUUGAAAGAGAAUUACAAACACAUUCUAGUGAACAAUUUAGAAAAUUAAAAGAGCUAGAAAAUGAAAUUAGAUCCCAAGAAGCAACUUUUAAUUCUCUUAAAUGUAGUAUGAAUUUAGAAGAAGCUGAGAAAGAGCGAGAUCGUUUAAAAGAAUGUAAUAUAAAAUUGUCUUUAAAAUUAGAUGAGCUAAUGGAAAAUGUAGGUUUAGAAAAUAUGAGUCAAUUAAAAAAGGAAACUGAAAUUAAUCUUAAAUUAUAUAAUCAAGAAUAUUCUAAAAGAAAAAGAAUAUGCAAUGAUAUUCUUGAUUGUAUUUUAGAAAGCUAUCCUGGUAGUAAAAAACAACUUUUUUCAGAAAUAGGAAUUAAUAUAGUGUAAAAUUUUA